AUGGCUGUGAGUGAGGCCCUGGUGUGUGUGAGGAACACUCUCCUGCCACUCUGGCUGGGGGUGAUUCUGUUCCCAUAUGGAUGGUUCCAGGUUGUGCUCUCCCAACGCAAUGGUGCCCCAGAAGUGGUGAUUCCCUUGAAGGUAACAGGCACUGGCAUUGGCAUGAAGAUUGGAGACUGGGUCUCUUACACAAUGCAUUUUGGGGGCCAGAGACACAUUGUCCAAAUGAAGGUCAACAGGAAUUUUCUAUCCAGACACUUCCGAGUGGUUACCUACUCGGACCAGGGCGCUCUUCUUGAGGACCAGCCUUUUAUCCAGAAUGACUGCUACUAUCAUGGUUAUGUGGAGGGGGACCCAGAAUCCCUGGUUGCCCUCAGUACCUGUUUGGGAGGUUUACAGGGCAUAUUAACAACAAAUGACAUUGUUUAUGAAAUAGAACCCAAGAGACGUUCUACCACAUUUGAACAUCUCUUAUAUAUGAUAAAGAGUAAAACACAGUUGCUGCCACCCAUGAAAUGUGGAUUAACAGAUGAAGAAAUAGCAAGACAAUUGAAAUUUCAGGAGAGUGCUAAUUUCACUUUGAUGCAGAGUGGGUAUGAAGGCUGGUGGACUCACAACCGGCUUCUUGAACUGGCAGUGGUGGUGGACCACAAUCGCUAUCUUCAUCACCAAAGUAACACCACAGCAGUGCAGUAUGAAGUAUUACUUGUAGUCAAUGGCGUAGCUAAGUUUUUGAGUUCACUGGAUGUUGAUGUGGUUUUAAUGGGAAUUGAGGUCUGGACUAAAAGAAAUCCAAUUCCAAUAGAUACCAUAUUGGUUCUCCUGGAGGGAUUUUGCAUAUGGAAGAGAACUGGCUUCAUUGAUCGCAUUCCCCAUGAUGUUGCACAUCUUUUUAUAAAGCGUGACUAUGGUAUUACUGUUGGCUUAGCCUAUCUUAAAACCGUAUGUAAAAGCUAUGCUAGUUGUGGAGUUGAUAGUUUCAUGAACGAUGAUGUGUAUGAUUUUGCAUACAUUGUGUCACAUGAGAUUGGUCAUAAUUUGGGUAUGGAUCAUGAUGGACCAACUUGUACAUGUGGACAUAAAAGCUGCAUAAUGUUUCCAGAAAAAGCCAGUGCAACUAGGUUCAGCAACUGCAGCUAUGCUGACUUCAUGGACAUGAUGGACACCAUAGCAAGGAAAAAUUGUUUGUACGUUUCAUCAAAUACAGGAAACAUCUUCACACUUGCACGGUGUGGGAACAGUGUGGUUGAAGGAGGAGAAGAGUGUGACUGUGGCGCUUUACAUUUGUGUAUGAAAGAUCCGUGCUGUGAGUCCAACUGCACUCUCAGCCCUGGGGCUGCUUGUGCUUCUGGGCUCUGUUGCAAAGACUGCCAGAUCCUGCCCACAGGCGAAGUUUGUAGACAAGAGGAAAAUGACUGUGAUCUCCCAGAGUGGUGCAAUGGGACAUCCUACCAUUGUCCAGAGGAUGUGUACUUGCAGAAUGGGAUCCCAUGCAAGGGCGGUGGCUACUGCUAUGAAAAGAGAUGCAAUAACCGUGAAGAGCAGUGUAGGAACAUAUUUGGCAAAAAGGCCAAGAGUGCAAAUCAGAGUUGCUACAAAGAAAUUAACAUUCAAGGUGACCGUUUUGGGAACUGUGGUCUAAUGAACUCUACAUACCUAAAAUGUGACAUCUCAGAUACCUUGUGCGGGAGGAUUCAGUGUGAAAAC